AUGGCGUCCUCACCUAUCUCCAUUCCCCUCUUCGCCCGGGCGCAACAACAGCUGCUGUUGAGAGAACAUGAAGCGGAGAAGUUGUCAUCGGCCCUCGCUACCAGCGCUACAACCUCCGCCGCCGCCGCGACGCGUCGAACCUUGCAAGCGACCGGGUAUGCCUUGACUGGACUGGUCCUCGAGCAAUGCAGAACGGGCAUGGGUGGGAGAGUGGUGGGAGAGUUCGGUCCAGAUGCAGCAACCUCGUCUUCCUCGAAGAAAGGAACUUCGGAUACAGUUGACACAGAUGGGAAACCUAGUUUUGGGGCGCAUGGGAUUCGAGUCGGAGAUGUGGUUCGGGUCCUGGAGAUCGCUUCCGGAACGGCUAAGAAGUCAGCCAAGGACAAGGACGGUGCAAAAGCCAAACCGUCGAAGGAAGCUGAGGGUGUUGUGACAAAGGUCUCAGAAAGGUCAAUUUCCAUAGCGUUCGGCCAGAAUGGAGGAGGCGCUGCAAAGCACGACGAGGAAGCGGUGGACGAGCUCUGGGGUAAGAAACUCUGGCUUGUCAAACUCGCAAACGACGUGACAUACAGACGCAUGAACCAGACAAUGGAGAAAAUGGAGAAGAUGCCCGAGUCCGAACACACCUAUUUCAUGAGAGUCCUUUUCGGUCACGCUGCUCCGUCUCCUCCGGAUUACGAGUCCGUCGGGGAACUCGACUUUAUCGAUCCGACCUUGAAUGAUUCCCAGAAGGAAGCAAUACGCUUCGCGCUCGCUUCGAAAGAGAUCGCGCUGAUCCACGGCCCUCCAGGCACUGGAAAGACGCAUACGUUGAUAGAGCUUAUUCUGCAAAUGAUCCGCCGGAACUUGCGAGUCCUAGUGUGUGGCCCUUCAAACAUUUCGGUGGACAACAUCGUUGAACGACUCGCUCCGCUUAAAGUCCCGAUAGUGAGGAUUGGCCAUCCAGCUCGUCUUUUACCAUCAGUUCUAGACCACUCUCUCGAGAUCCUUACCCAGACAUCGGAGGCCGCAGAGAUCGUGAAGGAUGUCAGGAAGGAAAUUGAUGAGAAACAGGCAAGCAUACGAAAGACGAGAAGUGGCCGAGAACGACGAGAGAUCUAUGACGACAUCAAAGAACUGCGGAAGGAGUACAGAGAGCGAGAGGCUAGAUGCGUUGAUAACCUGGUCAGAGGUAGCAAAGUUGUUCUGGCUACCCUGCACGGUGCAGGAAGUCACCAGCUGAAGAAUCAAAAGUUUGAUGUCGUCAUCAUUGAUGAAGCAACCCAAGCUCUUGAGGCUCAAUGUUGGAUUCCUCUGCUAUCUGCUUCGAGGGCUGUGCUCGCGGGGGACCACUUACAACUGCCACCUACAAUCAAGUCAUCGAAUCUGAAAACCAAUGAGAAGCAAGGAAAAGACUCCAGAACCGGUCAAACUGAGAGCGAUGAGUCCCCAGCUUUAAAGGGUAUCAAUCUGGAGACGACGCUGUUUGAUCGGCUGCUGUCUCUACAUGGUCCAUCCAUCAAACGGAUGCUCACCACUCAGUACCGGAUGCACGAGAAAAUCAUGAAGUUUCCUUCUGACGAGCUGUAUGAGUCCAAACUCAUCGCAGCGGACUAUGUGCGGGAACGGCUGCUUAAGGAUCUUCCUUAUGAGGUCAAGGAGACGGACGACACAAAGGAACCUCUUGUUUUCUGGGACACACAAGGAGGCGACUUCCCCGAGAAGACGGAGGAGGAAGACAUCGCCAAAAAGGAAGGUCUGCUCGGCGAGAGCAAGAGCAAUGAUAUGGAGGCUGCCGUGGUUGUCAGGCACGUGCAGAAUCUCGUGGAAGCGGGCGUGAAGCCGGAAGACAUUGCGGUUGUGACUCCAUACAAUGCGCAGCUCGCUCUUUUGUCCCAAGCUCUGAAAGAAAAGUACCCUGGUAUCGAGUUAGGGAGUGUAGACGGGUUCCAGGGUCGAGAGAAGGAGGCUGUUGUUGUGAGCUUGGUCCGCAGCAACCCAGACCAUGAAGUUGGGUUCUUGGGAGAAAAGCGUCGACUGAAUGUGGCAAUGACCCGUCCAAGACGACACCUCUGUAUAUGCGGUGAUUCCGAAACCAUCAGUCGAGGCAGCAAGUUCCUUAAACACUGGAUGGAUUUCCUGGAAGAAAAUGCCGACCUCCGGUACCCGGAUGCCAGUGAAUUGAUGGCGUAA